UUAAGCUUCGGUGUGCCCGUGUGCCAGAAGACGAGGAUCUUGCAUGCAUGCCCAUGGGAGCACGCAUGCGGAUAGGUCCAUGAAUCGCACGCGUAUCUUUGCAACACCAUGCCUGUUUCAACCUUCUCGUCGCUCCAUCAUUCGCCUUGUUCUCGAGAUCGUCUCAUAUCGCGCUGGACGUCCACUCACAAUCGGAUCAAUGCUGACGAGCAGCGAAGCAGUAUGCAGGAGUUGGAUGGAACGGGUGUGUACGAACGAGCAGACUGGCCCUUGUCGUUGGACACAGCAGCAGCAGCAGCAGCAGCAGCAGGAGCAGGAGCAGGAGCACUGAAAGAGCCACGGAGAAAGCGAGGUCGCCAGUGUCUGGAGCCGGUAGAGUUACACGAUGGACGUGUGGACGAGGGCGCGGUGUUUCGCAGGCUGGAAGACAUUAGUCCCACCAUGGCCAUCCUCGCCGAUGGAGACUACAUCACGGACCCCGAAGUGAGUGAUAUGGAUGACGAUGACGACGACGAUGAUGAGAGAGACUUGGACUCGAUACGAACUCCUUCACCACCUCGUUCCUCGCAACAUCAACAUCAGUCUCGCUCUUUGCAGUUGCCGCUGCCGCAUCCGUACAGCAGCGGUGGGAAUAAUGGGAGGAGUAGCAGGAGUAGUACGAGGAGUAGGAGCAGGAGGAAGACAAGUAGGAGGAGGAGAAGGAGUAGCAGCGACAGCAGCCAAGAUUCACGCCAGCACCGCUCUCCGCUGCAGGGAGACCGGCGACAGCAGGAUGCCGAAGUAUCGCCAGUUCGAGAAGAGUCUGUUGCUGGAUCCCGGGGAGUAGUGCCCAAUUCGACAAUCGCCGAGCAAGAGCUGGGGGAACAGGACAGCGCUGCUCCAGACCAUAUUACGCAAUUGCAGCACCACGACCAUAACGACGACGACGAAGAGGAAGAAGAGGAGGCAGACGAGGACCACGAGAGUGAACUGUACGAGUCGCGAGAUAUUGCCAGACCGCUGUCUUAUGUUCCCAGCUCGCCGGGCCUGCAGCAAGGGCCAUCGCCCAACACUUCACCACAUCUGAGCCUGAACCGGGCCACGUUCUCCGCGCUGACCGGCUCUGAUCCAGAGUCCCAUCCACGAUCGACUGUGAGGGAGUCGAUGCACAGUCCGGACUGGAGAUUAUCUAAGAGGACUUCUAUGUACAACACUACCCAAUUACCGCAUCAAAAGGAACGAGUGCGAUACAGCUGGCAGUCGCUCCAGGACGACGAGCCCCAUCGGCCGCGCAUCCACGUCAUCAAGCUCUUUUCGCAGUCUGUGACAGCUGCGGCAGGGUUCCCAACAGGCGAGGCAUUCGGCUUUUCUAUAUCAGCCGGCGCGAGAAGGAUCGCAGCGUACAACAGUGCCAGGCUAUAUGUGCUGCAGACGAAUGCCUUGCCAGUGGGUAUCAGCCAGGACUAUGCGCUCAAGCGACGUCCACUGGACGUGGACCUCACCGACGAGGGCAACACCCUGGCCAUUCUGGCAGACGGCCACACGAUCAACGUGUAUGAGCUUGGUCACGAACUGAGAAGAACCAAGACCAUUACUCUCGACUUUCCGACGCAUUGCAUCACCCUUGCCCCGAGUGGAGGCAUUCUUGCUGCAGCCUACGAGGGCGGCAUUGAAGUGUUUUCCUUACACCCCAAUGCACUUCCUACGGAUCGUAGAGCUGUCCGCUGCGCCAGGAUGGAUCGUCUGAUGUUCUCGGAUGACGGUUCUACGCUUCUUGGUACUACAACCAGGAUCAAUGCCUCAGCAACGGUAACGGUGUCGGUUCCUGUGUUUCCUGCCCGUCCGGAUGGACAUCCAACCCACGAGGAGCUCAAGGAAGCAUGGUGCUCUGGGCUAUUGCAUCCCGAGAACAUACGGAAUAGUAGCCAUGCCACCUUCAUGCGUGAGAGUAGGACCACAUGUAACGACAAGGUGUUCGCCUGGAAUGGCUUAGAAGACACAUUUGGGAUACUGAACGUCAGCGAUAUGAAUUACGGCAUGGUAGAUUUCCCAGUUGUGAUUUCGCCCCCAUUAUCGACAUGUGGAGGUCUAGGAGCAGCGAUUCACAGUUGCCCGUCGAUCAAUGAGCAUGGAGAAACUGUAGCCAUGAUUGUGAAUGAUCGAACAGUACGCCUGUAUGUUGUGCCGGCCGAGACUGAAGAAGACUACCUGGAGGCCCAUAGCAUUGAUCAUGAACUGGACGAGGGAUAUGGAUGUCCAUUCAGCGAGGUGAGGUGGGUGCACAGCUCUGCAUCGCUCCCUGCGCCUCGAAAUAGCCAAAGUCAGAUUCAAGGUCGCUUGAUUGUGACGAGUCCUGGAGGUGUCACGGAACCCGGCAUGAGCGACGCCAGCGUGGAAGAGAUUGAAGGUGGAAGAAUCAUCCUCUUCGAUUUCGAUGCACAAUUUGCAGGCCAGCCUGGGCAGACAUUCAACUUGACGCUGGGAAAGAGUCCUCCAGUAACACUAGACGAAGAGAAUAAGAGCAUGCAUGAACAGGUCAAUCUCGUGCGGAGGAGAACCGUCAACCAGAGCAAAAGCAGUGCACUGAAUCAACGUCCCACGACUCUAGGAAGAUCAGCGACAAUGCAUGGCAACCGAUCCAACAGAAGAACCGGGCCCAUGUCUCCUGGGGCAGUUCGCAAACCCAAUCGCAACAGCGUGCUGUCAAUCGGGAGCACACAAUCGGACGCGACCAAGAGCCUGCCAGACCUGCAUGAAGGCACCGAAGCAGGCGAUGAGGUUCUCGAAGUGCCGUACGUGCAAGGUCAGCCUCGGUCACAUGCUUCUUUGCAACGAGCAGCCACGAAUGCGCAGCGACACCGCUUCCAGGCCUUGGAGGAGCGCACCCAGGCUAAUGUCAGCGCCGACUCCAGCAGCGGGUUCUUAGCGCUGCCAGAGUACACAGAAGAGCCGAAUGCACCACUGCCUAGCCGCUUCAGAGCUAUGGCGGGCUUGGACGCACCCUCGAUGUUCAGCCGUCCGAAAUCUGCUGUCGUUAUCAGCGUUGACGGUGGAACCGCAAGCCAGAGCAUCACUGCCGGCUCGUCUUCACAGGCACCACAUACCGCGCCGCCUCACGUAGGCGAGAACUUCAGUGCAGAUGUUGCGUUUAGAGCUGCGAAUGCCAGUAACUAUCUGGGCGCCGAGCUGAGGCAAACAGAAGCGGAACGGGAGCGCAGGGAGCUUCGCAGAAUUGAGAUUGAACAAGAAGGCAUGGACUCGGCUGAAGCACAGCGUCCACACAGUCCGGCUUUAUCCACACAGAGUUCAGUCCGAAGCUGCUUAACCAGAAUGGAGGGCCGACAGCAGGCGCGGCUCGAGCAUCUGCCUCGAGGUGCUGGCACAAGUUCGACAUCGAGCACUAAUUCGGCCAGAUCUUACAGUCCAGUACCUCUGAGCGCCGUAAGUGCAUAUGGAGGCUCCUUCGACGCCAUGCCCCGGGGUCUGCAGCGAGCAUACAGCAAUGCUGUGUCACCGCUAGGCCCAGCGCGAUCAUCAGCUCUCACUGGUGACUGGCAAAACAUUAGUCCUGUCAACCGUCCUACCACUUCUACCACUGGUCAUUUAGAAGACGAAGACGCGAUCUCGCCAAUCAGCGCGUAUCAGCAUCUGCCCGUUGACAGGAGGUUUUCCAGCUCGAAUCUCAACCGCUUCUCGACGCCAACUCGUGCAGUAGUCCGCCCACGAACAGCUACCGCUGCCACGAUGCCCGAGGCGUCCUCGGCUCCGGUGGCAAUGAUGCCUGCUCGACGACUGCCACCACAUGUGCAAACGUUUCGCAAUGCGGCCGCUGCUGCCGCUGCCACUAGUGCUUCAUCUACAUUGUUCCCACCCGGUCAGCCACGAGACCAUGUGCCUCUACGGACACCUAGCACGAGAUCAGGCGCUGCCGGACAUCCCAUAACAGCAUGGCAUCCACCGGCGCCAUCCAGUCCCCCUCCAGACUCGGUCAACAGCAAGGAUGGAAUGGUUCAUGGGCAUGGGCAUGGGCAUGUGAAGAAUAAUAGCUCUGGAGACAAGAGCAGUCAUUCUCCGUCGAUUGAACGAGCGAAGAAGUCGGGACGCUUCCGAAAGCAUCAGAAGAGCGAUCCUUUUGCUCCGCGUGGCCACACUGUUGAGCAGUGGGGAAAAGAAGAGGAGGCAAGCAUGAACAGUGUCAUGAAUUGGGACAGCAAAAAAGCAGAACGAUGUAGUGUGAUGUAAAGGGGUACAUGUACAUGUACAUGGUAUAACGACAGUAAUGACUUGAGCUUCGCGCAGCGUGGAAGUGUAGAGAUAAUGGAUGUAAUGAACGAGGGGAUAGACCUAGGAGGUAUGUCCAUAGCGAUAGCGCCGAGUGGCAUGUAUAUAUAUACAUGUGUAAAAUGUAUAUGCUGUAUACAGCUAAUGCCUC